GUGAAACGGAACGGCUGCGUUAGUUUUUCAGAAUAUUUUUUUUUUAUUCACCUCGCAUUCUUGUUUCAUUGACGUUCCUCUUGUUUGUAAAUAAUAACCGCUGGAAAUAGUAUGCGAUGUGAAAUUACGCGCAUUCUUCGAUCGAGUGUACAUUACGUAAACCUUAGUUUGCAAGUUAAUUAAAGUAUGUUAAUAGGAACCUAACCUAUAGGUGAAUCGUAGUUUUCGUUUAAUAAAGAAAUGAUACGGGAUAAUGCCGCCCUUUAGGAGGAAGAAAGCUGCCAAGUCGUUCCCAGUGAAAGUUUGUACUUUGGACGCAGAAUUGGAGUUCAACCUUGAGUGGCGAGCAACUGGCAGAGAUUUAUUUGACUUGGUAUGCAGAACUAUAGGUUUAAGGGAAACAUGGUUCUUUGGACUACAGUUCGAAGAUACAAAGCACUUCAUAAGUUGGCUGAAGUUGGAUAAAAGGGUACAAGAUCAAUGUGUCUCACAAAUGCCGGGCACUCCAUUCAUGCUCCUCUGCAAACUCUAUCCCGAAGAUGUUGCAGAGGAGCUUAUCCAAGAGGUCACACAGCACCUGCUCUUCCUACAAGUGAAGCAGGCAAUACUCAGCAUGGAUAUAUACUGUCCUCCAGAAGCAUCUGUAUUGCUCGCAAGCUAUGCAGUGCAGGCAAAGUAUGGUGACUAUGAUGAGAGCGCUUCAAAGCCCGGCAUGCUGGCCAGCGAAGACCUUCUCCCUCAAAGGGUGAUAGACCAGUAUCAAAUGACGCCAGAAAUGUGGGAGGAAAGGAUUAAAAUAUGGUACGCGGACCACAAAGGCAUGUCACGUGAUGAAGCCGAGAUGGAGUAUUUGAAAAUAGCACAGGAUCUGGAUAUGUACGGCGUCAAUUAUUUUGCAAUAAAUAACAAAAAGGAAACAGACCUGUAUCUCGGCGUCACAGCUCUGGGCCUCAACAUAUACGAGAAAGACAAUAAGUUGACCCCUAAAACGACUUUCCCGUGGUCCGAGAUAAAGCACAUAUCGUUCGACGAUAAGAAAUUCGUCAUCAAGUUUGUCGACAAGAGUGUCAAUAAUUUUAUAUUUUUCUCACCAAAGGGUAUGAACAAAUUGAGUUUUUUUUCACAGAUUUUAGAUUUAUGUAUUGGUAACCACGAUCUUUACAUGCGAAGAAGGAAACCGGACACAAUGGAAGUUCAACAGAUGAAGGCUCAGGCCAAGGAGGAGAAACAGCGACGUCAGAUCGAACGCAACAAGCUCGCGCGAGAGAAGCAGUUGCGGGAGACUGCGGAGAGGGAGAGAGCUGCCAUGGAACAGAGGCUGCUGCAAUACCAGGAGGAAAUCAGGCUCGCUAAUGAGGCUUUGCGCCGCUCCGAGGAGACGGCGGAGCUGCUGGCGGAGAAGGGUCGCGUGGCGGAGGAGGAGGCGUCGCUGCUGGCGCAGAAGGCGGCCGACGCCGAGCGGGAGAACGCGCGGCUGCGCCUCUCCGCCAUCCGCACCGAGGAGGAGAAGGUUCACUUAGAACGAAAAACUCGUGAAGCGGAGUUCCUGACGGCGCGACUGGUCGAGGAGUCUGAGAAGCGAGCGGCGGAAGCGGAGCGGCUCAAGGCGGAACUGCUAGCGGCGAAAGUCGCGGAGAAACAAGCGAAGGAGAAACUCCUCAAUUUCCUUAGCAGGACUUCAACUGGAUCGUUACCACCUCCUCAGACAUCUAGCACAGUACCGUCAUCGAUGUUUCCUUCCACCUGCUCACUGCCAGCAGAGCUGGGUGGCGAAAUGCUGCAGAACGGCUCCACAGGCGACGAAAUCAACUCCUACCAGCUAGUGUCCGAUGACGACCCGCACGUGCACCGACUGUCGCUGGAGAUCGAGAAGGAGAGAGUGGAGUACCUGGCCAAGUCGAAGCACCUGCAGCAGCAGCUGGACGAGCUGCGCUGCGAGUUCUCCGUGCUGCGCGUGGAGCAGAGCGGCGCCACGCUCGACCGCCUGCACGAGGCGCAGGCGCGCGCCGGCGACGACAAGUACAGCACGCUGCGCCGCCUCAAGCAGGGCUCCACGCGCACGCGCGUCGCCUUCUACGAGGAGCUGUAGGCCCCCGCCCGCUCUACGUGAACCAGGAAAAGAUCAACUUAGACCGUUUCACGCAAUUCCAAGCAUUGUGAGUAAUAUCAUUACUUACCUCCGUUACAUAUAUGUUAAUUGAACAUGGAGUACAAAGUAUUAUAUACAAUUAAAAGUGCCUUAUUAAUUAAAUAACAUUUAUAAUACGGAGAUGUAUCAAAAAUCAUAGUAAAAUUACAUGUAAAUCUGUCUUAUUUAAUUAUUUUUUUUCGUAGUUUUUUCUAAGUGUAAGGACGAUUGGAGUUGGUAGGUUUAUUUUUAUAAUAUUUUUUUAUUUUUCGCGAUUUGUGGCAGCCCUAUUUAAUUUAUAUUACAUUCCAAUGGCAGGAGUAGUAAAGAUAAACACACUUUAAAUUUAUAAUACACUAGCUGAACCUGCGGCUUUACCCGCGCGAAAUUAAUAAACCACAAACUUCUAACCCUCGUUUUACAUCUUCAGGGGUGGAGUUUCGUAAAAUCCUUAGCGGAUGUAUACACCCUGUAAACAACCUACCUGUUAAGUUUAAAGUUGGUAGGUGUUAUAGUUUCUGAGAUUUCGUGAUUAAUCAAUGCCUGGUAUUUCACUUUUAUAUAUAUAGAUUAUUAAGCAGUAUAAACAGACUCGUCAGAAAUAUAUAUGUUUAAUUAGGCUGCAACUUAUUUAGUUGAGUCGAAUAGACUCGACAUCCACUAGUUUUACUUGCAAAGUUCCGAUAACAAUGUUGACGUUUAAAACAUUUUUUUUUUAUACUAAUAAUUUAUGAAUACCACAUGUGUCUUCCUGUCAAUUCAAAGGUCUGUUGAUUUAUCUACUCCUGCCGUUGGAAUCGACUAUAGAUCUAUUUGAAUUAAUUUAUAAUAUUUGUUGUAAUAAUUAUUAUUAUCGUGUCUUAGAUAGCAGUUAAUAAACCAAAAUAAAAAUUACACUUUUAAAGCAUGUACAUUUUAACUUAACCGUUCUGAAGUUAGGCUUUCCGAAUAAUAUAUAAGUUUUAUAACACACUCUGGAACGGUUCCUGUAAACCUUCCCUUUUUCGUAACAUUACCUUUUGGCAAACGCACGCCUUUCAGUGAAGGAUUCUUUUUUAGAAUUAUGUAAGUUAUUACAAAAAGUAGCUUACACUCUAUAUGGUAAGUAUUUAACUUCGUGUGUUUGAACUGUUGUUUUUCUUUUCAAUUCCAAUACACAAUCACAUUACUCUUUGGAUAGAUUUUAUAUCAUUACUGUAAAACAAGUGCACAUUAAAUGAUAUGCCAACAUUUUAUCUACAAAAUUUGAAAAAAAAGAGACUUUUAUAAAUCAUUUGUUUUUGCUACCAUUACUUCUCAACAUAUAAUGUAAUAAUUCAUAUAUAUCAAAAGAUAUAUUUAAUAAUAUUAACACAGAUUAUAUGGAAAAUUGCAUCAAGUUUUUAAUAAGACAAUGCUGCGAAUAAUAAUUAUAGAAUACUAUUUUAAACGUUUAUUGUACUCUACUCUAAUGUCUAACAACUUCAGAGCGGCAAAAUUAAAAUGUUCGUGUCGUAAACCCCUAUUGAUCUCUUAAUUGAAAAUUUAUAUACAUCGAUAUAUCUUCAGGUAAAUAGCUAAAUAUGAUUAAUUAAUUAUUUAAAAUGUAAGUUUUUUUGCUAGUAUUUAAUAAAUGGAAUGAGGAUUUGUCGUGUCCAUUAUAAAAAAAAAAACCUUUUAUUUGCUACCACAAGGCCAUAACAUAUUCUGUCAUAGAUAAAAUAUAAGUAUAGUAUUGUUCGCUUUAAUUUGUUAUUGAAAACAAUUUCACUUUCCUUAUGACUAAUCUAUCAAUAGUAAUAAUUUGUCAAUUUUAAAUUUAUAUAAAAAAUAUUUUUUUCUUUUUCAAAAAGAGUUUGGAAUAAUUUUCUUAAUAUAAAUUUUAAAAAUAAAUAAAGCAAGCAUGAUUAUUAACAUCCGUUUGCUCAAUAAGAAGUGUAAGAGCAUACAGGAAAACGUUUUCUCGUGCGAACGAAAAAGCUUGAUUUGUUGAGCUGCUUAUUUUUGACGGCAUGUGCAGUAUUAAUGACAUUAAUCAUUAGCAUUAUAAUUUAUAAAUCAGCAGGAUUUAAACAACAAAAGUACGUGUAGCCCGAAUAAGUAAGUGUUUAGUCGGACAGAAAUUAUUAAAAAAAAAAUCUAUGACAUUUAUCAUAAACAAUAAGUACAUAUGUUUUUUACAGUUCUCUAACGACCGUGUCACUGUGUGUGUAAUACAUUGAUUAAGAUCUGUUUAGUAUAUAGUUAUAUUGAUUAUUGUCACAAUUCUCUUGAUUGGUUAAUAAAGCUGUAUUCACAAUAUAAUCAUUUAUACAUUACAUAUUCUGAAUAAACCUUUAUAUUUUAAUCUUAAGUUUCUGAACUGUCAAAUUUCAAUGACUUUUUAAUUUAAAAAAUUGUAUGUUUUUCGUGUAAGUGCAAUUUACGCACAAUUUUUUUUAUAUGUGAAAUGUAAAAUGGUAUUUGGAUUUUUUUAUGUUUAUAUUUUUAGUCUGUAGCUUUAUGUCGUCGACGUCAUAAAUAGUUCAAGUUUGCACCGGACCAUUCUAAUACGUACCUUUGCUUAUUUCAAUUUAUUUUUUAAGUUUUUUUUUUUUAUAUCG